AUGUCAGGACGCUCAUCAAGUGUUAAGAAGAAUGAAUCAGCGAUUUCUUCUGAUUUCGAUUCUGAUGGGGACGUAAUUGAUGUUCCAUCGAGAAAUCCACCGAUCAGAAGGUCGUCGUCGUUAUUCUCAUUAAGUUCCAAAGAUAUGCUACCAAAACCCGAUGAAAGAGAAUACAAAGCUUUCAUAACUGACACAAGACAUUUUAGUUUGAUAAGAAAUUUACACAUGGCAGAUUUCAUAACGUUGCUUAAUGGUUUCUCUGGAUUUUAUUCCAUCAUCUCAUGUUUGAGAUUUACUCUCACGGGUAAGAGUCACUAUGUACAGAGGGCCCAUUUUUUUAUAUGCUUAGGUUUGUUCUUUGAUUUCUUUGAUGGUAGGGUUGCUAGAUUGAGGAAUAAGAGUUCAUUAAUGGGCCAAGAAUUGGACUCUUUAGCAGAUUUAAUUUCGUUUGGGGUGAGUCCUGCCACUAUUGCAUUUGCAAUUGGCUUUCAAAGUACCAUUGAUGUCUUGAUGUUAACAUUCUGGGUCCUAUGUGGACUCACUAGGUUAGCAAGAUUCAAUAUAACGGCGAAUAAAAUACCAAAAGAUGAACAUGGAAAACCUCAAUAUUUUGAGGGUUUUCCUAUCCCUACCAAUCUUUUCUGGGUAUUUCUGAUGGCCUUUCUCGUCUACAAGGGCUGGAUAUUAGAUAAUUUACCUGGUGGAAAGGCCUUCGAGGGUACCUUUUUUGAAUUCCAUGUGUUCGCUCUCGGAUUUGUUGUACAGGGUUGCGGUGAAAUAUCUAAAUCUUUGAAAAUUCCUAAACCCUAG